CCUCCAAGACCCCAUCUUUAUCGCGUCUCCUCUCAGCUCCACUUACCCGGAAACUCAACCUUCCUCCAUCGCCGACCCACCUGUUCCGGAGAAGCCAGAAACGUCGCCGUAUGAUUCCAAGAGUCUUGAAACAGAGAGGAUGAAGAUGGUUAACAAUCACGUGGAGGAGAUCAAUCACGAAGAGACUAACUAUGAUACUUAUGAAGAGAUCUACCGAGAAGAGACUAACUAUGAUGCUUAUGAGAAGCAGCAAGAAGAGGAGGAAAAAGAAGAAGAGUGUGGAGAAGGGAUGAGGAUAGAGAGAUCUGGAGAUGGGUUUGUAAUUAGAUUGAAGUGUAGAUGCAAGCUGGCUUACAGGGUUCUCUUCUCUGAUCAUCACCUCUACUUCAAAUCUCUCUAAAGCUUUCACUUGUGUCUGAUUUAGUUAGUAGUAUCUGCCUACUCUAUCAUUUUGUUGUAACGCUUUUUUUUCUUAUUUGUUUGGACUAUAAAAACAUAGUUUACAAAGUUGUACAGUGAGAUGCUUACAGCAAAAACUCUGUUUUUGUGUUGUAUUGAAGGUUGGAAUACAAAAGGUUACAACUUUUUGUAGGAGAGCAAAAACUCUGUUUUGUUUUGUAUCAAAAAAGAGAAUAAUACUACAAAAGGUUACAACUUUUUUUUAGAGGAUGUGAUUUGGGUCAACGUCAAAUCUUGUUUAUUAAGCCUCUGAACGAACAAAGAGAGUAGUAACCCUUUUUUGAUUCGAUGCCGAGAGCAUCUCUGAUAAGCUGCUGCACGCGCUUUCACGCGCCGACAACUCGUCUUUCUUUAUUCCGCCGUAGUCACCACAACAAGCUCACACCUUCAUCUCCUCGCUGCUUCAGCCACAACGAUUGCAGACAUCAAAUGGAGCAGCUUGAUCUCUCUGCCAACACUGUGAUUGAUCAUCCUCGAGCUCUCACUGAUAAAACAACCCUAAUCCGUGACGCGGGUCCUUCCAAAUUUCAGGUUAUUGCAGACUUCGAUGGGACUUUAACGAGAUACAGAGUCAAUGGAGUUCGAGGCCAGAGCAGUCAUGGCAUCUUGCAGCAAGGAAACGCAGAUUACGAUGCUAAGAGGGAAGCAUUGUAUGAACACUAUCAUCCUCUUGAGUUCUCUCCUCUCAUUCCCCUUGAAGAUAAAACCAAACUCAUGGAAGAAUGGUGGAGUAAAACUCAUAAUCUACUCAUUGAGGGAGGUUUAACAUUUGAUGCAAUCAAGGAUUCUGUUGCUAAUUCUUCCAUAGCUUUUAGAGAUGGUGUGGCUGAGCUUUUUGAAUUUUUGGAGGAAAAGGAGAUCCCAGUUUUGAUUUUUUCAGCAGGGCUUGCUGAUGUUAUUGAAGAGGUUUUGAGGCAGAAGCUUCAUAGAACAUUCAAGAAUGUAAAGAUUGUGUCCAACAGGAUGGUCUUCGAUGAUGAUGGACGGCUUGUGUCUUUUAAAGGAAAGCUUAUUCACGUGCUAAACAAGAAUGAACACGCUUUAGACAUGGCUGCUCCACUCCACGACCAACUUGGUGUUGACAAUGGUGGGGAAGGUGAAGAGAAUGCGUACGUGAAACAAAGAACAAACGUUUUGCUUCUAGGAGAUCAUAUGGGGGAUCUAAGGAUGUCUGAUGGUUUGAAUUACGAGUCUCGAAUAUCUAUUGGAUUCCUGAAUGAUAACGUUGAGAAGAGUCUUGAAAGCUACCGUAAGGCCUUUGAUAUCGUUUAUCUUAAUGAUGCACCUAUGUGGGGAGUUCUGGAGAUUGCUUCUCAGUUAUUUCCAACAGAAGCUAGAUAACUGCAAUGCCUGAGACUGGGAGCCAUGUUAAGUGCAAGACUCUUUCUUCAGUUGUCUUGAUUGAAACAAUAUUCUUAACUAGAAGUUCUGUGUUGUUUGCUUCAGAUUUUUAAUUAUAAAUGAAUAAUUAUUGAGAGACUCUUAA